CAACACCAGCAGCAGCAACAGCAGCAGCAACACAAGCAGCAGCACCAGCAGCAACACCAUCAGCAACACCAGCAGCAGCAGCAGCAGCAGCAGCAGCAACACCAGCAGCAGCAACAGCAGCAGCAACAGCAGCAGCAACAGCAACAGCAGCAGCAACAGAAGCAGCAGCAGCAACACCAGCAGCAGCACCAGCAGCAACAUCAGCCAGCAGCACCAGCAGCAACACCAGCCAGCAGCAGCAGCAGCAACACCAGCAGCAACACCAGCCGUAGCACCACAGCAACAGAAGCAGCAGCAGCAACACCAGCAGCAGCAGCAACACCAGCAGCAAAACCAGCAGCACCAGCAGCACCAGCAGCAGCAGCAGAAACAGCAGCAGCAGCAGCAGCAACAGCAGCAACAGCAGCAGCAACAGAAGCAGCAGCAGCAGCAGAAACAGCAGCAGAAGCAGCAGCAGAAACAGCAACAGAAGCAGCAGCAGCAACAGAAGCAGCAGCACAGCAACAACAGGAGGAGGAUGUACUGACACAGCGACUGGUAGAGAACGUCUUCACAUUCCUACAAGACAUGCGGUUUUACAGUUCAUUCAAAAACAAGACCUGCCUUUAA